GAAAAUCUAAACCUCCAUGCACAAACCAUCUUUGUCAAAAUGUUAGCUGUAAUUAAAAAACCUAAAGAAAGACUAGCAAUGGCUGCGUCUUCUUCAAGGAUGAGCAGUGAAAAUGGAGGAUAAUCUUCCUCCAGGGUUCAGGUUUCAUCCCACUGAUGAAGAACUCAUAACUUACUAUCUAAAUCAAAAGCUCUCCGAUUUUAGCUUCGAGUCACGUGCGAUUGUAGAUGUUGAUCUCAAUAAGAAUGAACCUUGGGACCUCCCAGCCAAAGCAUCCAUGGGAGAAAAAGAAUGGUACUUCUUUAGCUUGAGAGACCGAAAAUACCCGACUGGCCUGAGAACCAAUCGGGCUACAGAGGCCGGUUACUGGAAAACAACCGGCAAGGACAAGGAGAUCUUCAGUGGUGGCGUGUUGGUUGGGAUGAAGAAAACCCUGGUUUUCUACAAAGGUAGAGCUCCCAAAGGCGAAAAAACCAACUGGGUUAUGCAUGAAUACAGACUAGAAACCAAGCUUUCUUUCAAACCAACAAAGGAGGAAUGGGUUGUAUGCAGGGUCUUUCACAAGAGCUCAUCAGCAGUAAAGAAACCACAUCCUGAAACACCAUCCUCUCAACAACCAUCUCUUGCUCUUGACUCUCCUAAUUGUGACACUAACACAUUAAUGGCGAAUGAGUUCGGGGACAUAGAGCUGCCAAAUUUAAACUCAUCAAGUGCUAUAAGCAACUUGUCACUACAAAACUACAACAGCGAAAACAAUGGCAAUAACAACAUGAAUAUGAUCAACCUGAACAUGAAUUGGCCUGCAGCGAGGGAAGCAGCAGCAUUGUCAUGGCCUUCUAGCUUUCUAAGUCCGAAUCUGUCGAUGAAUUCCUUGCUUCUCACGGCAUUGCAGCUUAGGAGUUAUCAACCAAGAGAAGCUGUGAAUACCGAUUACUCAUACAUGCCACAAGGAAUUUCUCAGUUUGGGACUGAUUUUAGUUUGAAUUUCCAGGGUUCUUCUUCCUCGUCGAAAGUUUUGGAUUCAGUGCAGCAACAGCCUCAGGAGCAACCAUUCAAUUUGGACUCCAUUUGGUGAAGCUCAAGAUUCAUCACCAAGAUUUUAAAUAUCAAUCAACUGAUACAUAUAAAGAUUUUGAAUUUCUGAUACGGAUAUCAAUCCACAGAUAAAUCGGCAAAUUGUCCAAUAUCAACCCAUAUAUGACCGUAUUAUUGAUCCCAAUAUAUAUUGUGAUACAGUUAUUUAAAAUCAUGGUCAAAACUAACUUGUGAAUUUCUUGUAUGCAAUUUAUCUUUGAGUUGGGUAAAAAAAAAAAAUUGGAGAUAUGACUCAUUGUUGGAAACCUUCUUAGAUUACAAUUUCACUUGGUAAUGGGCCAAAGCUCAUGAUAACAUGUAAGUUCAGUGUCAUAAGAAAAUGUAAGUUGGUGUAGUUAGAUAUGCCAACCUGGGAAAACCCUCCUUUCUAUCCUUCAUUUAUGUUGUCACUUAGUUGGUACACCAUGUUUUCCUUAGAUGUUCAUUGUAAAUGAAAG